AUGAAUAAUUCUAACACUGUUUCAACACCGAAACUAACUAGUUCACCAAAACCAUCUAAUGCUUCCAAUGGAAGUUUACCUUCAAAAUCGUCGACGCCAACAACGAAGCUAUCAUCAACACCCACGUCGAAUCAUAUAGUCAAAAGUCCAACAACUCCCACGUCACCCACAAAGUCUCCGGUCAAAUUAACGCCAAAUGCUCCAGUUAAAACAAAUGGCACUACUAUACCAGCCUCCAAACAAUCAACAACAGAAAAAAAAUCUGUACCAUUCACGUCGAAUAACGUCUCUGUGAAAAAAGAACCGAUAGUUCCACCAAAAAGAAGAACUAAAAUUCUUGAAAGUGAUGAAGAUAGUGAUGAUGAUAAACCAUUGGCUAAAAAGAUGGCAACAAAUCCACCGCCAAAACCUACAGUGACUGUCAAAGUUGAACCAAAAGAGCCAAAAUUAUCCUCCGCUUCGAACCCAACAACACCAGUCCAACAUAAUGUUUCUGUGAAAAAAGAACCGACAACGUCACCACCCAAAAGAAAGAACACAACGAUUGAAAGUGACGACGACGAUGUACCUUUAUCAAAAAAGAUAAAACAACCCGAAAAAAGUCAAAAACUACCUAAAACUGAAAAGGUAACACCUGAAAAAGCCAAAUCGUCCACAACUCCAAAAUCAUCAGCAGCAUCACAUAAGACAUCCACUACAACAUCUCAAAAAACAUCUUCAUCCUCAUAUUCAACAAAAACAACAACACCUACAUUAUCACCACAAAAAGGUGGAAAACGAAAAAAGAAAGAGGAGGAAGAAGAUGUCUGGAGAUGGUGGGAAGAAGAAAAAUAUACAGAUGGACGAAAAUGGACAACGCUGGAUCAUCGUGGACCGGUCUUUGCACCGCCAUACGAACCAUUGCCAAAUAAUAUUAAAUUUUUGUAUAAUGGAGUCCAUGUGAAAUUAAGUGAACCAGCUGAGGAGAUUAUGACUUUCUACGCAAAAAUGUUAGAUCAUGAUUAUACAAAAAAACAAACGUUCAAUACAAAUUUUAUGACCGAUUGGAGAAAAUCAAUGACACAAGCCGAACGUGAAUUAAUUAAAGAUAUUCGAAAAUGCGAUUUUAUACAAGUAUCUCAAUAUUUUAAAGAAUUAUCGGAACAACGAAAAGCCAUGACAAAAGAAGAUAAAAAAGCGAUUAAAGAAGAAAAUGAGAGGAUGCGUAAAGUAUAUGGAUUUUGUAUGUGGGAUAAACAUCGUCAACCAAUUGGUAAUUAUAAAAUUGAACCACCCGGUCUAUUUCGUGGACGUGGUGAACAUCCAAAGAUGGGCAGUGUUAAAAAGCGUAUCGUGCCAGAAGAUGUGAUUAUCAAUUGUGGACGAGAUUCACCAGCACCAAAACCACCAGAAGGUCAUCGUUGGAAAGAAGUGAGACAUGAUAAUAAAGUAUCUUGGCUUGUGAUGUGGACAGAAAAUAUUCGUGGAAAUAAUAAAUAUGUCAUGUUAAAUGCAUCGUCUCGAGUUAAAUAUGAAAAAGCACGAAAAUUACAUCGUGUGAUUGAUAAAAUAAGAUUAAAUUAUCAAACCGAUUGGAAAAGUAAAGAGAUGCGUAUUCGUCAACGUGCUGUUGCAUUGUAUUUUAUUGAUAAGCUUGCACUUCGAGCUGGUAAUGAAAAAGAUGAUGAUGAAGCUGACACAGUUGGCUGUUGUUCGUUAAGAGUUGAACACAUAACAUUGCAUGAUCGUGUCAGUGGUAUAGGUGAUAAUGUUGUUGAAUUUGAUUUCUUGGGCAAAGAUAGUAUGAGGUAUAAUAAUAAAGUGUCAGUUGAGCCACGUGUUUAUAAAAAUUUAAAAUUAUUUAUUGAAAAUAAAGAAGAAAAUGAUGAAUUAUUUGAUCGUUUAACGACCACAAGUCUAAAUCAAUAUUUAAGUGAUUUAAUGGAAGGUCUUACAGCUAAAGUAUUUCGUACAUAUAAUGCAUCGAAAACAUUACAAAAUCAAUUGGAUAAUUUAACUGAGCCAAAAGCAUCAAUACCAGAAAAAAUUCUUGCUUAUAAUCGAGCGAAUCGACAGGUUGCCAUAUUAUGUAAUCAUCAACGUUCUGUACCAAAAACAUUUGAAAAAAGUAUGGUGACAUUAAAAGCAAAAAUUGAUGCAAAAAAAAGCGAAAAUGAUGAAAACAAAGCGGAAUUUAAACGUGCAAAAUCUGAUUAUAAAAAUGCGAAAAAUCAAGCAUCUCAAAAACGAUUGGAACAAGCAGAGAAAAAAGUUCAACGUUCUGAAGAAGCAUUGAAAAAAUUAGAAGUUCAAGCACUUGAUCGUGAAGAAAAUAAAGAUAUUGCACUUGGUACAUCUAAAUUAAAUUAUCUAGAUCCACGUAUUAGUGUAGCAUGGUGUAAAAAAUGGGCUGUACCCAUUGAAAAAAUAUAUUCCAAAACACAACGUGAUAAAUUUCGAUGGGCAAUCGAUAUGGCUACGGCUGACUUUCAUUUUUACAAUUAUGAAGGUGAAAUUGUAUUACGAAAUAUUGAUGAUACAGCACAAGAGGAAGAUGAAUCAUCACCCCAAGGACAAUCAGAUGAUGAAGAAUGA